GGAAACCGAGGCUUUCAUGUUUAAUGAAGCAUUUCUUUGAAGUCAUGCUAGAGCGAUGAGCGUGACCGUGCUGCACAUCUGCCUGUCUGCGCGGGGCAGGCCGUUUUGACUUCCUUUUCUGAGAAAGUUCCAGGAACAGGCCAAGAGAGUUCUGAAGUAUUUAACCAAGCUUUGUCAAGACAAGAUGGGAAGAUGGUUCCUCCUCGUCCUUUGCUUGCUGUCUGCACGCAGUGCUGCAGGCCAAGCUGGAGAUGUCAUUGCACACACAGAGGUGGUCCACGCUUUGCCAGGUACCGACGUGACCCUGCUGUGCACCUUCCCCAAACCACAGUCCACCUACAUAGUACAGGCACAGUGGUCCAAGACCGAUGACAACCGUCUGUCCAGAAUAGCUGUUCAUCACCCCAUUUUGGGCACCCAUUACUUCGAAUUUCUUGAGACUUGUUCCAACUUUUCCGUGUCGUUCAGCACCAGGAAGUGCUGCAACUGGGACAUUAAUGAGACCUUGUGUUUUCCUGACUUAAACUCCUCAUCUGAAUGCCAGCAGUGGGCUCUGCACUUGAGAAAUGUUACCAUCUCCCUCAGCGGGCAGUAUGAGUGCAGUUUUGCUACUUACCCAUAUGGGACAAAGGCUGCAAAAAUUCAACUUAUCAUCAAGGCAGAAGAGGAGCAGCAUUACGUGAAGGAAGUGCAGUUAAGCCAGACUUUAGAAAUUCCAUGCCUUGAGAACACAACCUCAGCAAACUUGUCCAAUUACCCUCUGAAGUGGGUAGUGGAGGAAAAUGGAAAGAAAGAGGAACUUAUAACCAAGGAGCCCUCCCGUCCUGAGGUGUAUGGGAAUGGCAGCGUGCUGUACAGACGGAGAGUCCACCUGGGUCUGAAUAAUGCUCUAAAGAUUUUUCCCACCAAAAUCACUGAUGAUGGCAAGGUGUUUUCUUGCCACGUGGUCUACCACCCAGAGAGGAUCCGGAAGAGCAGCACCACCGUGAGAGUGUUCGCCUACCCUGAAAUCUCUGCUAGCCUGCAGGAAGGCCCAGCUGGCACCUCACAGAAGCCAAAUGUGAGCUGCAUUGUGAGGAAUGCAUUUCCCAAGCCAAGCAUCGUGUGGUAUGUGGACCAAGCAACACUGAUGGAGCAGUCUGAAGAAAUGUCUGUUGAACAAGAAGACUCACAAGACAGUGAUGGUUUCUAUCAGCUGAGAUCUAUGCUAAUGUUACAAGGGACCCACCAGGCACAUACAACAUUCUCGUGUGUAUGUCUGUUUCCCUUCCUCAGGAAUGAAACAUGGAAUAUUUCAUCAGAAGAAAUAUUUAUUUCUUUUGACAAUACAUCUAAUGAAGCCUCAUCCCAAGCAUUUACCAACAUGGCUUCAGAAGACCUUGGAAAUUCAGCACUUACAUCGGCUGUCAUGACUACCUCAGAGCAUCAGUUUACAUCUUCGGCCUCCCCAGAUUUCACAACUCGAGCAAGUUUGUCUCACGCUUCCACAACACAAGGAGAGCUGAUUUCUGCCCCAGAGACAAAAAGCUAUACCAGCAUCACAGCAUUCAGAGAGAAUGUGACAACAGCAUAUUUGAAUGAUUCUACCACUGAAUCCCCAAAGAGCCUCAAGAAUGCAACGCGCUCAUCUGAGGAUACAACCCCUGUGCAUAGUAACGUGUCCUUCAGCAUAACAGACCAGCCUGUUUCGGCUACCAGAUGGAAAGGUUUCUUUACCACCAUCCCACUGGUCAAGAGUACUGGCAAUGUGAAGAAUACAGUAGCCAGUCGCUUCCCCUGGCCAACGGUGGUAGCGGUCAUGCUCCUCUUCUGCAGCUUUCUGAUAGUGUUAGGCAUCAGGAAAUGGUGUCAGUACCAAAAAGAGAUUAUGAACAGACCUCCAUCUUUCAAGCCACCGCCACCUCCCAUAAAGUACACGUCCAUGGUAGAGUCUGAUGGGACUCCCCCAUCCUACCACGAACUGGAAAACCUGUAACAUCGCCUGCACUGCUUCUGUAGUGCACAGUGGAAGACUGACACAGUUAAGAAGCUCUGUCUUUAAAGCAGUGAUUACAGGAGUUUGGUGUUAAUGACCCAUAUUAAAAUUCAGAGUGCCUAAAUGACAUUAAUGUUGGCAGCUGAGCACUCCUGAGCACACUGACUUCAUCCCUUCUCUCUCUGUAUGCAUUACACUAACACCAUUGUGAGUGUCACAGAGAGAUUACAUGUGCUUAAUUUGAAUUGGGUAAUCAACUGGGAAUUUGCUGUCUUGUUAAUGGGAGUAGAUUAACACAUCAUUCCAUAAGCCUGCCUAAAGAGUGCUGAAGCUUUCUGUUUUACUGAGUGUAUAGAGAUGACAGCUCUGCUGUAUGGACACCAUGAUUACAUGGGAAAACCUUGGCUUAACACCAGCUUUUUGAGACCUACAGGAGCAGUUAUUGCAAUUACUUUUUUUUUUUUUUUUUUUUACUCUGCAAGUAUCAGCUAAUAUGACCCAACACAUCCUAUCACUGUAAAGCCAAACCAAGAAGACAGAAAGAGAGAAAACACCAAAGCAGAAAUCAGUAGCUUACAUUGAAAGAAAAUAGUCUGCAUUUGUCACCAGGGGGUUUCAGCACAAGAGCACUGGGAGAGGCUGAUAUGACAUAAAGAGUACCAUGCAGGCCCAGUGGACCUGUUGGCAAAGAAGAUGCAGAUGCCUUUGGUGAAGUCACAAGGAAGAGUCAGGUGAGGGCUCAUUUACAAGUAAUCAAUCGACCAGAGACUUAAGGACUGAAGUGAAUACGGACCCCGAGGAUAAUGGAAUGUGACAGUCCUUUUGGAAGAGUCGUGCCUUUGAAAUGAUAAUUGCCCUUGAGUAUGCUUUUCUGAGUAUUAUAUUUAUGGUAUACGUGAGAAGAGAAAGGAAUAUAAUCCUUUUAUUUUUACUUGUUCUUCAUUGGUUUUUGUCAUUUGCUAUCUUCAGAUUUUUCAGGACCUUGGAGAAAGUGUCCCAGGUGUCUUAAGUCUGUGGAAGGGGCAGUCCAGAUUUACCCUAUCCUGCCCAGGCUGCGUAGUUCCUUGCAUUGACACUAAUGAUUAAAUGAUCGUGCUGGGGGUUGGGUCACAUCAGCGCACUGGAUGGAUGUCAUUUGGGUCAGCAGUUGUGUGAUUACCAAUGCAAAGUGCAAGAGAUGCAGCAGGAGCACUGCUUUUGGCAGCAUUGUGCUCUUACAUCGACUUAAGCAAGCCAAGAAACUGUCCCUGCAAGCUUGUUUGAAAAUUUAUUGUUACCACAAUGGUCUUUUUGUAAUUAAGGCAAAUCAACUAAAAUUAAAUCAUGUCAAACAAAAUUGGUAUUCUGAUUUAGGAAUGGGAUUUGCAUUAUUUACUGCUAAACACUGGCCAAUGAGUAUCAGGGCUCGGAGCACUGUAUUUCUUGUGACUUUACAUGAAUUACUGUGACUUCACAUGAAUUACUUUCCAUGACUUACUGGAAAGAACAAUCUGACAGACAUUUUAAAGUGUUUUAUAGUGUUAUUUACCUUCUAGCGCAAGGAGUUCUGAGUUCAUCGUUAAGGUAAUAUCUGUGCUCAAUAGAAAACACUUUCCUUCUUCCAAAUUAUACAGACUUUGAACGUGCAGAGGACUUUACUAAUCUGAGCAUUUCUUGUGUGUAUGGGUUUGUGGAAACAAAGCAGUUUAACUUUUGUCAUACCAUCAGUCACUGCAAAAGCAGGCAGCUUUUUAUUCCUGUAUAUAUUUAUAUAUUUCCUAUAUAUACGGGAAAAAGCUAGAUAGCCAUAUUCCAAGGGCUCUGGAGAGCCUCGACUUUCUUCCUUGUCAUCAGCUGAGGAUGACCGUCUACAGUAUACAAGUCAACAAGGGGUUCUUUUCGCGUUAUAGAUAUUUUAAUCAUCCUAAUUGCUUGACGGCAGAGAUGCUCCCUCUGGCACUAAGGUUUUGCAGGGUGCCUUGGGCUGCAUUCCCAAGGCUAGCGUGACCCUAAGGCUUGGGGCUGGUGUUUUCUCGGCGUGUGCCGUAGCAGGGCCAGAUCCCAAAGAGCAGAGCUGAUGCAUCCGCCGCCAAGGGACGCUGCCGCCCGCUGCCAGGCGCUGCUCACGGAAUCUCCAGGGGGUCUUUCCCCAGAGGCAGCCCCAUCCCACCCCCCCGGACCCCGAAGCACCGGGAGGGAUGCAAACGGCCCUGAGCCGGCCCCAGCAGGUGGCGCCCGCGGCCGCCGCCUUCACCGCCGGGACCGAAAGCGGGGGCUCGGCGCCGCGCCCCGGGGAAGGGGGGUACGGGGGGGGGUGUGUGGAGGAGGGGGAACUGCACCUCGGGUAGGUGGUCGUCGGGGGUCCCUUCCUACAGAACUGUUAUUUCUUAAGGGAAAGGGAGAAAGGGAAAGGAAAAAAAAAAAAGGAAAUGGAAAGAGAAAGGAGAGGAGAGGAAAAGGAAAAGGAAAAGGAAAAGGAAAAGGAAAAGGAAAAGGAAAAGGAAAAGGAAAAGGAAAAGGAAAAGGAAAAAAAAAAGAAAAGAGAAAAAGGAGAGAAAAGAAGAGAAGAGGGAAGGAGAAAAAAGAGGAGGACAGGACAGGAGAGGAGAGAGAGGAGAGAAAAGAAGAGGGAAAGAAAAAAGAGGAGAGGAGAAAAGGAGAGAAAAGAGGAGAAAAAGGAGAGAAGAU